GCAGUGCCGUUCUUUCAUUGACGUACUGUUCGCUGCAUUCUCCAGUCUCAAGCGAGCCCUUGUACGCUCGGGAUCAUGGAUUAUGUGUUAGUGGCUUUUCUGAAUCGAUAUUAACUCGUACUUGCAUUUGUAACUUUUGAUAGUGAUUGUAAAAUCAUUUCAAGAUUAAAAAUACUUUUUUUUUCUUAUAAAAGAAUUUAUAAUUUGAAUCCAAAAAAUAUUUCCGAUUAAUAAUUACACGAUUUCUCAAAUUUUAAAUAAGAACAAUGGCAAAACAACAAACAGCUGAUAGAAAUAUUCCCCAUCUUCGAGAUAUCUUUGGAUUUGGUAACAAAUGGGAGAAUACGCGUCAUCAAGUCGAAGAAAAAGCACCAGGACAUGAUAGUGCCGUAUCCAUCGGUUCAACUUCUGGUGAAGAGGAAAGUCCUAAGAAUAGCAAGAAAAAGAAGUCGCGACGUCGUGAUAAUAGCAAAACUUUAACGGAAACCGAUGUGAAACAUCUAGAAAGACAUCUAUCCAUGAAAAAAACCAUUCGCAAAAAAAUUAUGCGUGAUUUGCAGCAAGCGUUUGUCGAAGAUCCAAAUGAAUUCCGGGUAGAUGAUAUACCACCAGAACAGCUUAAGGCAGAAAUCAAUAUUCAGAGUUUGAGUUUUGGGACACCAUCACAGAAACAAGGUCGUACACGUGGAAAUACAGAGAAUACAUUCUUAGAUAUGUUACGUGCUGGAGAUGGUCUUGAAAAGAAUUCUGGAGAUGGAGAUAGAGAUUCUGGACAUGGUGGUUCCCCUACAAGAGAACCUCCUAACACACAAGAUACAGAUGAUGAAUCUAGUUAUCCUUAUGAUACUCCAGUUGCAACGCCAUCGAAGAAGAGCGGUAACUUCUGGAGACGUUUUACUAUGAAAAAUCGUAAUAAACGAUAAAUGUCCUAAAUAAACUUUCAAUCGAUGAUUACCAACUUAAUUUCCGUUUCUAUACAAUAUCAACUUAGUUAUUUGAGCAGAGCUUGUAACUGUGAUAUAUAUAUAUGAAAGAAAAAACCGAAUUAUCUCGAGUGAGCAUAACUUUUCCUAACUUUUCUUUAACGGAUCUCAGAGUUUUAUCUAAUUUUAAAAUCUAAUUUUAAAAAUACAGGACCAAUAACUUGCAAAAAAUUCUAGAUUCUCAGAGAAAUUUUUUUAUAAAAUAAUGAAAAUAAAAAAGAUUAAAAAAUAAUGAAAAUAAAAAUAUUAUAAAUCAUGAAAAUAAAUAAAUAAAAAAUCAUAUCAAAAUAAUAUUUUUGAAAUUUCUUCUUCGAAAUACUUUUUGGCUAAAUUUUUGUAUAAAAAUAUUUAUAAAUAGUGAUUUACAUUAUUGCAAAUACUAUAUAUAAGAUUACUUUGAGAUCCUUAACUUUUUGAUUCUAUAAUCUUAUACAAAACUUCUUUUGAUGUACUUAAAAUAAUAAUGAAGUAAUUAAGAAAUAUAGCGAGAAUAUUUAGCAUGUAAAAAUAAAUAAUUUUUAAUUAUUUUUUAUUUUAUUUUAUAAUUUAAAUAAGAAUGAGAAAAACCAGAUGAAAAUAAUAAAUAUGCACAAUUCUUUCAUUAUGUAUAUUGUUAGUAUUAGCUAGUCAAACAGGUUUUGCAAGAGGAUCGACAUAUAAAGUAUUCUUAGAUAACUUGUUCCAAUUUUAUACUAUUAUUUUUUUGUAAAAUUGAUCAAAUAUAUUUAUUGUACACAAGGUAUUUAUUUUAAUAAUAAUGAAAUUAUUUCUUUAGAACAAAAAAAGAUACGAAUAAAAACAAAAAAUUUUAUGAUUAUUUUUUAAAAAUAUAAUAAAAAUGGGAACAUCAUUUUAUACUAUAAAAUAAUUUCGAUUCUCUGAGAAAAUCUGAAUUUAAAAUUAUAAAAGAUUUUCAAUUUUAUAUAACAAAUAAGAUAUACAUUAUUAUAAAGUUUGAUAUUUAUUAUAUAAUAUAAUGUUGGUGUAAAAUUUUAUUGUUCCUAUUGUUCUUGGAUAUCUUUUACGACAUCAACAGCAUUUGUAAGAAAUUCAUAAGAAUUGCAUUUACCUGAUACGAAUCUUUAAUUAUAUGUAUUAUACUCGAGAAUUGAUAUUAGAUGUAAAGGUAGUGAUUAAAUAAAAAUUCUUUACAAGCA